UACGUAUUCUACGUCCAACGAUAAAACGAUUGCAAUCAGUAAGAUCAAAUCAGUGUAAAGAUGCACACAGCAAUCGGUUUCUUACUCGUCUGCACUGUUACUGUAGGUGCAUUAGAUAAUCGUACAAAAGGGAAUGAAAACUUGACAAUUAAAAAAUGUUCCGACGAGUUCUUCGAAGAUUUGCACACGCUCGACGACGACGGUCAUCCAGUGCUAAGCAAGGAUUACCCGGAAACCAUGAAAGAAACUGAGAAGAAUUUACACGAACGUGUUUUAUUUCAUCUUUCUACAAGAGCCAAAAACACUUCUGAACAAUUGUAUUUAGACGAUGUCGGCACGUUGGAAAAAAGCCAAUUCGAUCCAAAUAAGGAAACGAAAUUUAUCACUCACGGAUGGUUCAGUUCUUGCAACGUCGACGCUUGCCUAUUGAUUCGUGAUGCGUUCCUUCAACAUGGUGAUUACAACGUGAUUUUGAUCGACUGGAGCGCGAUAUCGAACAAGUCAUAUCAAUGGUCUGCCAGUCGGGUCUUAAUGGUCGCUCAAUAUGUUUCCAAAAUGAUCGAUUUCCUAGUGACGCGAGGAAUGAAACCGUCUAAUGUGACUAUCGUUGGCCAUUCCCUGGGCGGCCACGUGGCCGGACUGUCAGCUCGCUACGCAAAGAGCAAUGUUAAUUACGUAAUCGCCUUGGAUCCAGCGCGACCCAAUUUUCUUUUCGUUAGCCCUGGCAAUCGAGUAUCCCGCGGUGACGCCAAGUACGUAGAGGUAAUACACACAAACGCUGGUCUGCUUGGUUAUACUUAUUCUAUCGGUGACGUUGACUUCUAUCCAAACGGUGGGUUCCAACAAAACGGAUGCGGCAUCGCGGGCGUCGAUAUCGAAGGCUCGUGUUCGCAUUCCCGCGCGUAUGAGUAUUACGCGGAAUCCAUCAACAGUGAUCUAGGUUUCGUAGGUAGGAAGUGUGGAAGUUACAAAGAUUUUCAGGUCGACAAGUGCGAAUUGAAUGGUACUGCAAUUAUGGGAGGUGUUACGCCUAAAUUUAAUGUCACAGGCAAUUAUUAUUUAAACACGCUUUCCAAAGCACCGUUUGCUAAAGGUAGAAGUUAAUUUUAUUAAUAAUAUAUUAAGUUAUAUUCAUAUUUAAGAGCAAUCUAUAGAAAAAGAAAGACAUUUAU